AUGACUGGGGACAUUAUAGCAGGGUCACAGGCUAAAAUCCAUAGUCUGGAGCACCCACGGAACACCUGGCUGAACGGUCGUCUUGGCCUCGUUGAGGAGGUGCAGGAAGACGGCUUCGUUGUGUUCACUCUCAAGGAGCUGCAUCCUCAUCGAGGUAGCCUCCCGGAAGCCGAACCGCAACGUAUUCGACUGCACUCUCGGAAUUUGGAACCCUUCGCUGGUCCACAAACGGAGUUGGCGAUGGAGGGCGAUUUGGAAAUCCAUCAAGGAUGCAAGGCGCGGAUCACUGGUCUGGUGAAACACAGCGGAUUCAAUGGCGUAGAAUGUAUAGUGGAUAAGUGGCAUAUGGACAAGGAAAGGUGGAUAGUACGUCUGCAAGGGUCUCCUGACAAGCGAGUACUUGUACGUGAGCGCAAUCUACAGCUUGUGGACGGUCUCAAGAACGAAGACAAAGUUGCCAGCGAGGUCCUGAAACCCCAGUUCUGGAAAGAUGCAGUGCCAGACCCAUCUGAUCCACGUUCUCUUAUCGGUCGCUACGUUAAAAGGACCUUUAGUGGUACUCCCGUGUAUGGGAAGAUCCUCCGAUGGUAUGGCCCUCGUCUGGGUUUCUUCAUCCGAUAUGAAGACGGCGAAAGCGAGCACUGCUCGGUCAGUGCUGUGAGACGCAUCAUCAUCCGGAGUCAAACUCCGGAUAUCUCUCUGCAAGACCGACGGCUGGCUGAUCGGAAAAUUGGAGAAUACCCAUCGAGAUGGGUACGCAGUAUCAAACGAGUGUUGCAGACUCGAAAACGUUAUAUCGUGCCAGACUGUAAGGAAUCUCUAUGGGACUCCUGUGCAUGGGCGGACAGUGUGUCCAGUCCUGUCACCAUCCCUGAUGUCCUCGUUACUAACAUACACUCUAAACGCUACCUCCAUGAUUUGGUUUCUAUUGAUAAUUAUCUACAACAACAAGUGGAGCUCAAAGACAAGCCUCUAGAGGAAAUAGCCGACAGGGAAUGCUGUAUGGAUCCCUAUACUCUAAAGGCCGCCCUCCUCCGUUGUGGUAUGAUGCGGGAUGCCCUUGUGGCGGUCCUCUCUGGUAGUGUCCCUACAGCGUUUGUCCUGGCUCGUCCGGCAUGCCAUCAUGUACCAUAUCGUUUGUCUCUGGGCUUCUGUUUCGUCAACGCCGUUGCAUACGCCAUUAAGGUGGCGCAAGCGGCGGCGGUCCACGAGGGCCGUAGAAUUAAAUUUGCGAUACUAGACGUCGACGUCCAUCAUGGUAACGGUAACGAGUCUGCUUUCUAUCGAGAUGCGGACGUCUUGCACAUGUCAAUCCAUCGAUGGGGUAAAUCCCGAGAUGGUGGUAUCAUCAUGCCGGGCACGGGGGCCCAUACGGACCUUGGUCGGCAAGCAUCUGGUGCCCGUGGGAUGAACCUCAAUUUCGAAAUGCGAGAAGGCGAUGGUGAUAGGGAAUACACUGAUGUGGUGACCCAGAUCACUCGCCCGGUCCUGGAGCAAUGGAAGCCCGAUAUAUUAUUGUUGCUAUGUGGUUUCGAUGCGCUCGACCAUUCACAGUCACAAUUCAAGUUCCAGGGGCCGGGGAUGGACUGUCGCUUGUCACCCGAUUGGUGA